UUUAGCAAACCAGUAGCCUAUCAGCACGAAAAGCAGCAUGUGUGCGGCAGGAGCCUGGAAAAGUGACUGAAAAGCAGAGGUUUAUCAGCAACACUGAAACUCAUAUUACAGCAGUAUGUCAGGGGCAUUAAUCCAGCGAAUAAAGGAGCUGGAGGCUGAGCUGGAGAAGCUCAAGUCCCAGCUGAGGGAAAGCAGUGGAGCUGGGGAGGACAUGGAACUGACGUCCAGUUCAUCUACUAAUGGAAGCACAGCCUGCAAGCCUGAUAGUAAUACCAGAAGCAGCAGUAAAAAGGGUAAGAAAGCAAGCAAGGAGCGUCCUUUUGACUUCUCUGCCCACCCUCGGCGCCAUGUGGCUCUGCGGCUGGCGUACCUGGGGUGGGCCUACCAGGGCUUUGCAGUACAGGAGAACACAGACAACACUGUGGAAGCCAGACUCUUUGAGGCUUUGCUGAAGACUCGGCUGAUCCAGGACAGACAAAGCUCCAACUAUCAUCGGUGUGGUCGCACCGAUAAAGGAGUCAGUGCCUUUUCCCAAGUCAUUACUAUUGAUUUGCGCUCCACACAGUUUUGUGGAGGACUGGGCGUCACGCUCCCUGAAAAUGUUGAUGUAAGUACCAAGAAUAAAGCUGCCGUCACUGAGGUUCCAUAUGUGAAGAUGCUGAACAGAGUCCUGCCCCAGGACAUUAGGAUCUUGGACUGGGUGCCAGUAGCAGAGGGUUUCAGUGCACGCUUUGACUGUCAGUCCCGUACGUACCGGUACUACUUUCCCCGAGGAUCUUUGGAUUUGGCAUUGAUGGCAGAUGCUGCAAAAAGAUAUGAAGGCACUCAUGACUUUCGGAACCUGUGCAAAAUGGAUGUGGGCAACGGAGUCCUGCAGUUUGAGCGGACCAUCUUGUCAGCAUCAGUCAAGCCUGUGCAGCCUCAGUGCACCUCCAGCACAGAUCAAUACGACCUCUUCAUAUUUGAGAUCAAAGGAUUAGCCUUCCUUUACCACCAGGUACGAUGCAUGAUGGCAGUGCUUCUACUGAUAGGGCAGAAACUGGAAGCCCCAGAGAUAAUUAAUCAGCUCCUGGAUGUGCAGAGUAACCCUAGGAAGCCCCAAUACAGCAUGGCAGUAGACUACCCUCUGGUGCUGUAUGACUGCCACUUUGAAGGUCUGAGCUGGAAACAGGAGACCGAAGAGGUGAACUAUGUACUGUCUGCACUGCAGCAACACUGGACUCAGAGUGCAGUUAAGACCCACGUCGUCCACGGGAUGAUCAGCGGUUUGGAGGCGACAGGUGGAGUGUCCUCUGACCACUGCUGGCUAAUAGAAGGCAGCAGGCAGAGAAACUACCGUCCGCUGCUGGAGCGUCCGUGCUGCGAGAGCCUGGAGUCCAGGAUAGACCAUUUUGUUAAAAGAGGCAGACUGGAGCGGGAGGAAGGGGAGAACGGGGGUGAAAUGGUCCACAGAGGAAAAAGGUCCAAACAUUCCCACACUUCCUCCAGUCUUCCUCUUUCUUCAGAGAUGCCAUCGUCAAAGCAAAGUACAGAUCAGAAAGCAGCGGAUUAAUAUUUUAACCGUGGAGAAUGGACUUGCCAAAGUUUAUUUUGUACUAAUUUUCAUUCAUGCCAGAUUAUAAAUACAUUUUGCUUUAGGACACAAAACAGUGUAUUUAAUUUUGUGUAUCAUAAAACAGCGUAUUUCCAUUUUCUUUCAUGCAGAUAUGUCUUUUGUUUUUAAAUAAAUCCAUUCU